AUGAAUGGCACACUCCCUAAACCGGAACUUCUGGACUUGGCCUCUGGUGUCGUCGGUGGUCUUUUCCGGCCAGCCUCUGAUGGAGCGAAAGCCGCCAUUGGGAUUCUCGUUAUGCACGCCGAACAGGACUACCUGACUUUUUCUGCUUGCACGGAGCUACCGAAGAGAGGAUACACGGUUCUCUGCGCGAACAACGAUGCCAGCAAAUCCGGCUAUAUGACAGACCUUGACUUCGAAUCUAUGAUGCAGGAAGUUGCUUUGGGAGUUUCCUACCUACGAAACCAAACAGACAUAAGCCAAGUUGUCUUGCUUGGACACAGCGGUGGCGGAGCGAUGAUGUCCGCCUACCAAAACAUUGCAGAGAAUGGGCUUGCAGCUUGCCAAGGAUCUGAAAAGAUUUAUCCUUGCUCGGAAAACAUGUCAGCGCUCCCGAAGGCGGACGGAGUGAUGCUUCUUGAUGCAAACUAUGGCAUUGCGUCGAUGGCACUACUCAGCCUGAAUCCUGCGAUUACUGAUGAGACGAGUGGAUUGAAAAUCAAUUCCUCGCUUGAUCUCUUUGCUCCGGAGAACGGGUUUUCAGAGAAGGGGGGCAAUUAUUCUGCAGUAUUCACCAAAGCUUUCCAGUCUGGAGUCGUGGCUCGAAUGCAGCGUCUUGUCAGUUUUGCCGAAGAACGCUUGAAGGCGAUCAAUGCGGGUAAUGGGUCGUUUAGCGACGAUGAGGACUUUUAUAUUCCGGAUGCUUCCUACAUUGGUUUCAACAACAAGCUUAUCUCGCAAGACGUCCGAUUUCUCUCGCAUACUUCCCAGCCAUGGCCGCUACUACACAAAAACGGGUCGACUACUACGCAAAUUGUCCAUUCUGUUCGCGUUGCGAGUACCAUCGGAUCCAAUGCGAAGUCCUACACCAACGGCGCUAUCAAGACGACAAUCAAGCGUUUCUUGUCGGCGUUUGCGCUCCGGGUCAGAGAUGAUUUCUCCUAUGGAGAGGAUAGUUUUACUGGUGUUGUCUGGAACUCCAGCCACAUGGUGCCAAUUGCAGCUGCUCCCGGAAUCACAGUUCCUCUACUCACACUGGGGAUGACUGGUCAUUAUGAGUAUCUUAAUGCUGAAAAGAUCUAUCUUAAUGCAGGCAGCAAGGACAAGUCUAUUGCUUUUGUUGAGGGAGCGCAACAUACGAUUAAUACCUGUACGGAAUGCGAGAGUUAUCCGGGAGAGUUUGGUGAUACUACCAAGACGGCUUACGACUAUAUGGGUCAGUGGUUAGGGAAGGAGGGGCGUUUCAUUUAG